AUGCAGAUCUUCGUCAAGACCCUCACCGGCAAGACCAUCACUCUCGAGGUCGAGUCCUCUGAUACCAUCGACAACGUGAAGUCGAAGAUCCAGGACAAGGAGGGUAUCCCCCCCGAUCAGCAGCGUCUUAUCUUCGCUGGCAAGCAGCUUGAGGACGGCCGCACCCUCUCCGACUACAACAUCCAGAAGGAGUCUACCCUUCACUUGGUUCUCCGCCUUCGUGGUGGUAUGCAGAUCUUCGUCAAGACCCUUACCGGCAAGACCAUCACUCUCGAGGUCGAGUCCUCUGACACCAUCGACAACGUGAAGUCGAAGAUCCAGGACAAGGAGGGUAUCCCCCCCGAUCAGCAGCGUCUUAUCUUUGCCGGUAAGCAGCUUGAGGAUGGUCGCACCCUCUCCGACUACAACAUCCAGAAGGAGUCCACUCUUCACUUGGUGCUUCGUCUCCGUGGUGGUAUGCAGAUCUUUGUCAAGACCUUGACCGGAAAGACCAUCACACUCGAGGUCGAAUCAUCCGACACCAUUGACAACGUCAAAUCCAAGAUCCAGGACAAGGAGGGCAUUCCUCCCGAUCAGCAGCGUUUGAUUUUCGCCGGAAAGCAGCUGGAAGAUGGUCGCACUUUGUCCGACUACAACAUUCAGAAGGAGUCGACUCUCCACCUUGUCCUUCGUCUCCGUGGUGGUAUGCAAAUCUUCGUCAAGACCUUGACCGGCAAGACGAUUACGCUCGAGGUUGAGUCAUCGGACACAAUCGACAACGUUAAAUCCAAGAUUCAAGAUAAGGAGGGUAUCCCUCCUGACCAGCAGCGUCUCAUUUUUGCUGGAAAGCAGCUGGAGGACGGUCGCACCCUGAGCGAUUACAACAUUCAGAAGGAGUCGACGCUUCACCUCGUCCUCCGUCUGCGUGGCGGUCAGUAA